AUGCGGCGAUGUAGCCGUAGCCCGACCGUCGCAGGGUGGUGCGGAGAAGCGCUCUACGCGUUGCGUGCCGGUCACACUGUGCAGCGCGACCGUAUCGUGGCCUCGGGGCAACGCACAUCUCUAGUAUACGUGACGGCAAGGCCGUCCCAAUCGACUGUCAUGCGCACGUGCAACUCUGGCCUUCUUCUCGACUCCUCCUCUUCUCCUCCGUGCUGCCGCUGUGCUCAGCAGACGACUCAUCCCCUGCCGCCUCUCCACCGUGCAUCGAUGUCGCUGACGGACAUAGAGGAGGCCGAGACAGUGGAGCUGCUCUCCGAGGACAGCUGCUCCACUAUGUCCGCCUCUUCCCAGGAUGUCGGGGCCACCACAGCCGAUACGUUCCUGCCGAUGACCGCCAACGCAGAUGAGGAGCAGCUGCGUCGCUGCAUGCUGCACGAGUGUGCCUGUAUUCCAGAGCUUGGGCCACAGCCUGCGUGGCUCGAGGAGAUCGGCGCCGCCCGCAACGGACCGUCCGCCUCGACGGCGGGGAUGCACUGGGAUGCCGCACACGGUGACCACCUCAUUGUGCCUGUGCGGUGGCGGGUGGCGCUGACUUUGCCUGGCAUAGGGAGCACCCCACUUCACACAACCCCGUGGGUGCCGUAUGCGGUGCCCCUCGCAAAGAUCAUCGCUUCCCGGGCAACGGCCGCGGCGGACACAGCGAGCACCAUGACAAGCACCACCAGCAGCGGCGGCGGGAGCAGCGCGACACUGCAACCCCUCGGCUCCGUGCAACUGCCCCUAGGACGCUCAGUGUUCCUCCUCGCUGCCCAACUUUCCUCUCCCGUUCCAUCCGCGUGGGACAGCGGCGUUGCAGAGGAGCGCCUUGUCAACGUGGCCGCCUCCAUCUCACGAGCGCAGUGUACACUGCACCUUCACUACGCGGUAGCGAAGACACCGCAGGGACCAUCCUCGCGGCGAACCCGCCCGGUGUGUCGCUCCUUUGACGUGUUUGCGAUUUCCCCAACUACGACGCUCCUCGGCGUCGCCUUGCAGCCCCACCAGCGCUACCACAUCAAACGGAAGCAAGGCACUGGCAAGUCGACCCACACCUCGGAGGACCAACCGUGCGAUGCUGACGGCGUCCUCACUUUGCGAGUGGGACCAAACUGCCACGUGGAUGUGGCGUUGGACGGGUUGCCUUUCGAGCCUCACGUCAGCGGCAGUGCCGGCACGCGCCCCUCCAUCACGAUCAACACAUACAAUGGCCCCCAUGCGCACACCACGCGGAGUGGUCAAACGCAAGACAGCCCUGCAGUGUACCGGACGUCCGCAUGUCGGAGUGGCGUUGCACGCGAACAGCCCGCGGCGGUGAUGCAGCUGCAGCGUGGCUCGACGACAUCUCUCAUCACUGGCGACAGCACCGCCGUCUUGGCGACGCUGUCUGACACAUCGGACCACGUCGCACUGAGCGAGACCAGUGACCAUGAUCACGACGGCCUUGCCGUCACCAGGAGCCAGGAUGUGGCCGCCGCACCGUCGCAGAUGCCCAUCGCAGAGUCACGAAAGCGGCGGCGGUCAACUGCGGCUCGAGGACGCGCUGCGGGAGCGGUGGCCCAGCGAGUUGACAACGCGGAUGCUAUGAAGGGAGGCGAUGAUGACGAGGCGCACGCCACCGUGUCGCAUUCCGGCGCCACGACGCCCAGCGAGAUUGUUCUCUUCACGACAGGGAUGCGGCUCAGCGACGCGGAGGAGCAGACGCUGAAGGAGCUCGGUGCCCUCGUGAACCCUCACCUGCGCCUGGCACGCUACGCCCGCGUUCUCGUAGCGCAGCGACCGCUCGUGCGCAGUGUGAAGCUGCUCACCGUUCUGCCCUAUGUCCAAGAUGUGGUGCAUCAGAGUUGGCUCGACGUGGUGCUGCGCACCCGCACCCUCGACCCCCCGCUGGAGGGGUUCGCCUACAAUGAGCGGAGGAUUGCCGGCAGCAUCGAGAGCGAGAACAGCUUCGACCUGCGUGAAACAAUGCGCAGGGCCCCGACGGAGCGCCAGCGCCUCUUCGCGCAGCAGCGGUUCUGGGUGCACAAGUCCGCAACCCCGCAGGAGCCGCCGAUGAACGACCUCAAGACGGUGGUGACGGCCUCGGGCGGCGUCAUCACGCGGCGCAUUCUCGACGCAGACGUCCUCGUGCUACCCAAGCACAAGCCCACCCUGGUGUGUUGGCGUGGUAUUGCGCAGGAGUUCGGCGGAACCGGCCGUGCGUCAGCCUCGUCCGCGUCAGCGACCCCGACGCUCGCACAGCGCAAGCAAGCCGGCGUCCUGUUUGUGGUGCCAGACGACAUCUUUAAGUGUGUGCUUCAGCAGCGCCGUCUCAGCGCCUCCUCCAUCACUCUUCCACGGCAACUCCUGAGGGAGGCUGCCGCCACAAGAGGCAUAACCGGCGCAGCCAGCGCUGGCCGACGCCGCUCUCAGCCAACACGGAAGACACCGUCCGCGUCCAAGACGCAGCGGUCUCCACGUUGUAAACCCUGCAAGCGCUCGCAGUAG